AUGGAUGGAGGAGGAGUGGAGGGAGGGGAGGGAGGGAAUGGAGGGAUGAAGGGAUGGAUGGUGGAGGAGGCAGUGGAAGGGAGGGAGGGGAAGGGAUGGAUUGGGAGGAGUGGCGGAGGGAGGGAGACCAAUGGAGGAUGGAUGGAGGAGGAGUGGAGGUGAAUAAAAAAGAGCCAGUUGGGUUUUAUAGCUUCCAAACUAAACCUCAUUUAUAAAAGGUGAACUGUAUGAACGGAUAGAGAUACAGUCCAUAGACGUGACUGUAGAGUGUGUGUGGAAUGUUUAUGACAACCCUCAUUUGUUAUGAUGAAAAUGGUCCAAUAAUUAAUCAUUGAGACAGGCUUUCAGGUUUGAACAGAUGAAACUGUUCACUUCAUACAGAGUUUGAUUGAUGGCUUUUGAAAAUACAAGUUUAAUCUCCCCAUCUGUACUGUAGCGUUCGCUCUGUAUGUGUGGGGGGAAUUGUCUGAUAUAGUGCCUUCGGAAAGUAUUCAGACCUCUUGACUUUUUCCACAUUUUGUUACAUUACAGCUUUAUUCUAAAAUUGAUUAAAUUGUUUUUUCCCCUCAUCAAUCUACACACAAAACCCAUAAUGACAAAGCAAAAACAGUUUUUUUGACAUUUUUGCUAAUUUAUUUACAAAAGAAAACUGAAAUAUUACAUUUACAUAAGUAUUCAGACCCUUUACUCAGUACUUUGUUGAAGCACCUUCGGCAGUGAUUACAGCAUCGAGUCUUCUUGGGUAUUAUGCUACAAGCUUGGCACAGCUGUAUUUGGGGAGUUUCUCCCAUUCUUCUCUGCAGAUGAUCUCAAGAUCUGUCAGGUUGGAUGGGGAGCGUUGCUGCACAGCUAUUUUCAGGUCUCUCCAGAGAUGUUCGAUCGGGUUCAAGUCCGGGCUCUGGCUGGGCCACUCAAGGACAUUCAGAGACUUGUUUCCGAAGUCACUCCUACGUUGUCUUGGCUGUGUGCUUAGGGUUGAUGUCCUGUUGGAAGGUGAACCUUCGCCUCAGUCUGAGGACCUGAGUGCUCUGGAGCAGGUUUUCAUCAAGGAUCUCUCUGUACUUUUCUCCGUUCAUCUUUGCCUCGAUCCUGACUAGUCUCCCAGUCCCUGCCGCUGAAAAAUAUCCCCACAGCAUGAUGCUGCCACCACCAUGCUUCACCGUAGGGAUGGUGCCAGGUUUCCUCCAGACUUGACACUUGGCAUUCAGGCCAAAGAGUUCAAACUUGGAUUCAUCAGACCAGAGAAUCUUGUUUCUCAUGGUCUGAGAGUCUUUAGGUGCCUUUGGCAAACUCCAAGCGGGCUGUCAUGUGUCUUUUACUGAGGAGUGGCUUCUGUCUGGCCACUCUACCAUAAAGGCCUGAUUGGUGGAGUGCUGCAGAGAUGAUUGUCCUUCUGGAAAGUUCUCCCAUCUCUACAUAGGAACUCUAGAGCUCUGUCAGAGAGACCAUCGGGUUCUUGGUCACCUCCCUGACCAAGGCCCUUCUCCCCCGAUUGCUCAGUUUGGCCGGGCAGCCAGCUCUAGGAAGAGUCUUGGUGGUUCCAAACUUCUUCCAUUUAAGAAUGAUGGGGGCCACUGUGUUCUUGGGGACCUUCAAUGCUACAGACAUUCUUUGGUACCCUUCCCCAGAUCUGUGCCUCGACACAAUCCUGUCUCUGAGCUCUACAGACAAUUCCUUCGACCUCAUGGCUUGGUCUUUGCUCUGACAUGUAUUGUCAACUGUGGGACCUUAUAUAGACAGGUGUGUGCCUUUCGAAAUCAUGUCCAAUCAAUUGAAUUUAACACAGGUGGACUCCAAUCAAGUUGUAGAAACAUCUCAAGGAUGAUCAAUGGAAACAGGAUGCACCUGAGCUCAAUUUCGAAACUCAUAGCAAAGGGUCUGAAUACUCAUGUAAUUAAGAUAUUUCAGUUUUUUAUAAAAACCUGUUUUCGCUUUGUCAUUAUGGGGUAUUGUGUGUAGAUUGCUGAGGAUGUUUAUUUAUUUAAUCAAUUUUAGAAUAAGGCUGUAACAUAACAAAAUGUGGAAAAAGUCAAGGGGUCUGAAUACUUUCCGAAGGCACUGUAAAUCAAUGACCAAUAAUCAAUCAGAAAGAAUGGGAAGGGGACCAUCCUCUUGUUUCAACACUUAACAAUAGAGGGACUGGUUGAACAAGCAACAGGAUGAAACCAUUACAUCUCCCAAUAGAUUCAUAGGAAUCCAUCCCCACCCCACUCAAUGCCAAAGAGAAUAGCAUGCAACAGUAUUGUAUAUCAGUGAUCCCCUUCCAGCCCAGUACUAACACACACCUGAUUCAGCUGAUCCAGAUAUUGAUAACAAGUUGAUGAAAAGUAUUAUUAUGCUGUAGUACAACUAGCCUCCAUUUCCAGUCUUUCACAUUCACUUUACAGAAAAAAUUGUCAGACUACUGUAGUCCUAUAUAUAUUCUGACUGUGUAUAUUUCCCCUCCCCUCCCCUCCCCCUCUUUUAAAAAAAAAGGGGAAAAAACCCAAAAAAAACCCCCCCCCUUUUUUUUUUUUUUUUUUUAAAACCCUUUUUUUUUUUUUUUUUAUUUUUUUUUUUUUUUUUCCUUUUUUUAAAAAAAUUUUUUUUUCCCCCCCUUUGGAAAAAACCUUUGGGGCCCAAACCAAAAAUAAAAAUUUUUUUAAAAAAAAAACCCCCUUUUUAAAUUUUUAAAAAAAAAAUUUUCCAAAAAAAAAAACCCCUUAAAAAAAAAUUUAGAAAAAAAAAAAAACCCCCCCCGGGGGGGGUUUUUUUAAAAAGGGCCCCUUUUUAAAAAUUAAAAAAUUUUUUUUUAAAAAAUUUUUUAAAAAAAAUUUUUGGGGGGUUUUUUGGGGGUUUUAAAAUUUUUUUUUUAAAAAAAAAAAUUUUUAAAAAAAAAAAAAAAUUUUAAAAAAAAACCCCCCCGGGUUAUUUUUUUCCCCCCCCCCCCCCCCCCCCCCCCCCCCCUUUUCCCCCCCCCCCUUUUUUCCCCCCCCCCUUUUUUUUUUCCCCCCCCCCUUUUUUUUCCCCCCCCAAAAUUUUUCCCCCCCCCUUCCCCCCCAAAAGGUUUCCCCCCUUUUUUCCCCCCCUUUUUCCCCCCCUUUUUUCCCCCCCCCCCCCCCCUUUUUCCCUUUUUUUUUCCCCCCCCUUUCCCCCCCCCCCCCUUUCCCCCCCCUUUCCGAAAAUUUUUUUUUUUUUUUCCCCCCCCCCCCCCCCUUUUUUUCCCCCCCCCCCCCCCCCCCCCCCCCCCCCGGGGGGGGGGGGGGGGGGGGGAAAAAAAAAAAAAAAAAAAAAAAAAAAAAAAAAAAAAAAAAAAAAAGGGGGGGGGGGGGGGGGGUUUUUUUUUUUUUUUUUUUGGGGGGGGGGGGGGGGGGGGGAAAAAAAAAAAAAAAGGGGGGGGGGGGGGGGGGGGGGGGAAAAAAAAAAACCCCCCCCCCCCAAAAAAAAAAAAAAAAAAAAAGGGGGGGGAAAACCCCCCCUUUUCCCCCCCCCCCCUUUUUUUUUUCCCCCCCCCCCCCUUUUCCCCCCCCCCCCCCCCCAAAAAAAAAACCCCCCCCCCCCCCCCCCCCCCCUUUUCCCCCCCCCCCCCUUUUCCCCCCCCCCCCCAAAAAAAAAAAGGGGGGGCCCCCCCCCCCCCCCCCCUUUUUUCCCCCCCCCCCCCCCCCCCCCCCUUUUUUUUUUUUCCCCCCCCCCCCCCCCCCCCCCCUUUUUUUUUUCCCCCCCCCCCAAAAAAAAAACCCCCCCGGGGCCCCCCCCCCCGGGGGGCCCCCCCCCGGGGGUUUUUCCCCCCCCCCCCCCCCCCCCCCCCCCCAAAACCCAAAAAGGGGCCCCCCCCGGGGCCCCCCCCCCCCCCCCCCCGGGGGGGGGGGCCCCCCCCCCCCCCCCCCCCCCCCCCCCCCUUUUUUUUUUUUUUUUAAAAAAAAAAAAAACCCCCCCCCCCCCCCCGGGGGAAAAAAAAAAAAAAAAAAAACCCCCCCCCCCCCCCCCCCCCCCCCGGGGGGGGGGGGGGCCCCCCCCCCCCAAAAAAAAAAAAAAAAAAAAAAGGGGGGGGGGGGGGGGGGGGGGGGGAAAAAAAAAAAAAAAAAAAAAAAGGGGGGGGCCCCCCCCCCCCUCCCCCCCCCCCUCCCCCCCCCCCCUUCCCCCCCCUUUUAAAUCCCCCCCCCCCCCUUUUUUCCCCCCCCCCCUUUUUCCCCCCCCAAAACCCCCCCGGGGGUUUUCGCCCCCCCCCGGGGGCCCCCCCCCCUUGGGGGGGGCCGGGGAGGGGGGGGGCCCCCGGGGGCCCCGGGGGCCCCAAAAACCCCCCCCCCCAACCCAAAAAAAGGGGGGGAAAAAAAAAGGGGGGGCCCUUUUUUUUUAAAAAAGGAAAAUUUUUUUAAAAAAAACCGGGGGUAAAAAAAAAUUUUUUUUUUUUUUUUUUUAAAAAAAAAAAGGGUUUUUGGGGGUUUGGGGGGGGGGGGUUUUUUAACCAAAAUUUAAAAACCCCAAAAUUUUUUUUUUUCCCCCGGGGCCCCCUUUUUUUUUUGGGAAAAAAGGGUUUCCCCCGGGGGGGGGGGGCCCCCCCCCCCUUUUUUUUAAAAAUUUGGCCCCCCCAAAUUUUAAAAAGGGGCCCCCAAAAAAAAAAGAAAAAAAAAAUUUUUUUUUGGGGAAAUUUUCCCCCUUUUUUUUUUUGGGAAAAAAAAAAACCCCCCUUUUUUCCUUUUUUUUUUUCCCAAAUUUUUUAAAAUUUUUCCCGGGAAAAAUUUUUUUUUUUUCCCCCCCUUUUUUUUUUUCCCUUUUUAAAAAAUUUUUUUUUUUUUAAACCCCCCCCCCUUUUUUUCCCCCCUUUUUUUUUUUUUUUUUUCCCCAAUUUUUUUUUUUCUUUUUUUUUUUUUUUUUUGGGGGGGGGGUUUUUUUCCCCCCCCCCUUUCCCUUUUGGGAAAAUUUCCCCGGGGCCGGCCCCCCCGGGGCCCCCAAAACCUUAAACCCCCCCGGGGGGGGGGGAAAAAAAGGCAAAACGGGGGGGGUUUGGGGGAAAAAAAACCUCCUCUGUCUUCUUCUCCUAUCCUCUCUCCAGCCUGGUGUGUUCAGACCCAGUGGUGAACAUGAGGAAGGUGACGCACCAGAUGGUGAGGGAGCAGCUGGCCAACAGCGUCCUGCUGCCCUGUGUCUUCACCCUGCGCCCCACCCCUACCCAUGAGCCCCCCCGCAUCAAGUGGACCAAGGUGUGGGGCCAGAGGGGUGCCGACGGUCGGCAGAGGGAACAGUCCGUCCUGGUCGCCAAGGACAAUGUGGUCAAGGUAAAGACUGAGGAAGUGUAAAGAAAUAGAAAAUGUCACAUUGUUUUGAUAUAUAUUUCUAAAUGGAAUUCAGUGGUUUUAUAGGGCUGUGACAGUCAUGGAAUUUUAGGUGGCGGUUAUUUGUCAGCCAAAUGCCUAGGCAACCUAAGAAUGUUUGCUACAUCACCCUGCUGAAACAAGGAGCAACAAAGUUUAAUCACGUUGUAAACGGACUCAACAGCACUUAUCAUCUUUUUGGAUGCUCGGCCGUCCGUGGUCCUCUGUAGCUCAAUUGGUAGAGCAUGGCGCUUGUAACGCCAGGGUAGUGGGUUCGAUCCCCGGGACCACCCAUAUGUUAAAAUGUAUGCACACAUGACUGUAAGUCGAUUUGGAUGAAAGUGUCUGCUAAAUGGCAUAUUAUUAUUAUUAUGACACAAAAUUCAAAAACUGGCUAGUUUUGCCUCCUCUUGUCUCUCCUUAUAUCAGCUGUUAGAUGUAAACCAGGCUUACUUUAACUUUGCUGCUUUUGGGUUUGUCAAAUUAUUUGUAAAUUUCUUUACAGUUAUGACGGUUAUUUUAUUUUCAUGACGGCCUUCAUCCAUAAUUGUCGGUUACACGAUUAUACAAUUACCAUGCCAGCCCUAAUUUUAUAUGGAGAGUGUGUUGGCCAUCCAUCCAGUACUUAUAUUCAACCUUUUUCUUUUUAAUUGCUAUCUUAGUUGUCUUUGCUAAUCGUGUUUUAAUUGUGUUCAUAACUGUACUGUCUUUCCGUGGUUUAGGUGAAGAAGGCGUUCCAGGGGCGCGUCACCCUGCCCGGUUACCAGGACAACCGUUUCAACGCCAGCCUGGCACUCAGCGGCCUGCGCUCCAGUGACUCAGGCAUGUUCCGCUGUGAGGUGGUGGUGGGCAUCAAUGACGAACAGGACACCGUGCCCCUGGAGGUCACAGGUAAUACUGACUGACCCCUGUUACACCUAUUACACACAGGUCCUGUUCAUUAGGCACCAAACGGAAGAAAACGUACACAACCAGGGAGGGACUACCUAGACUCGUCAAAUAAGAAAUUGCCAUUUUCCUUUUCCGUAGCAAAACGAUUUAAAGUGUUUGUGGCCUAAUGAACACAACCCUGACUGUACCUCUACCUGGCAUUGCUAAUAGAAUCAUUAUGUAAGCCAGUGGGUUUGUUAACUUUGUGGAAGUGUCUGGUCAGGGGAACGGAACAACAUGUGCCAACUGGACCGAGUAACAGAUCGUUGACCCAGCCGCUCACGAAAGCAAAUAAACAUAAUGAGAAAAUAAAGUGUGUUAUCCAGCUAGUGUUACUUUGAGGGCUCUGAGAUGCAGUUUAUGUUGAAUACACCCACUGCUGCACUGUAAUGGCCUGUGGAUAUUAUAUGCCAUAUCAGCUAAUAGUAUCAUAGUAAUUACCAAAUGAAAGUCUCUGAGCUGAGAAACAUUGUCAGAUUUUUCCAGGUCACCUGCUGUUUUUAAUGAUCGCCUAUUACAGUAAUGAGUAGAGGGAAGUGGCGCUCUGUUCUCAGCAUUUGCUUUACAGUGCUGCUCUAUCUCACCUAGAUCUACACAAUGUUGCCAGCGUGAGCUGAGCAUCAUGUCCGCAUUAAGCCCAGUAGCCUCAUUCACUCACCCACAUACUGUACCCAGGCUCCAUGAGCUCCCAGUGAGAAUAGCACAGAUAUUAUUACCUAAUAUAGCCACUGUGUGUUUGUGCCCAUGCGCUUGUGGAUCUGUGUGUAUGCAUGCGCUUGUGCGUAUGGCGUGUGCAUGCCUGCAUGCCCGUGCGUGUGUGACAGUGGCCUUCUCAAUCAAUGAUUAUGACAUCAAGGGUUGUGGUUUUUCUCCACCCACAGCUCCUCUCUCUCUCUCUCCUCUCUCUCUUCUCUCUCCAUGAGGGCACUUUAUUGGUCCCAUAGAGACCCCUGGCUCGGUGCUCAAGAGACCCUGUCCCCCCCGCACACCCAAUCAAUUAACAUGCUAUAAAAACCCCUCCCUCCUUCAGAAACAGAAAACCAUUACCCAUUGGUCCUUCUGGGAGCAACCGAGCCAUCCUCUGGGCUUAGCCAUUUAUUGCAAGUCACGCUACAUUGUAGAGCGCACCAGUCCCAAUACUUACUCCCCCAAGUGCUUAAUACAGUGGGGGGAAAAAGUAUUUAGUCAGCCACCAAUUGUGCAAGUUCUCCCACUUAAAAAGAUGAGAGAGGCCUGUAAUUUUCAUCAUAGGUACACGUCAACUAUGACAGACAAAAUGAGAAAAAAUAAUCCAGAAAAUCACAUUGUAGGAUUUUUAAUGAAUUUAUUUGCAAAUUAUGGUGGAAAAUAAGUAUUUGGUCAAUAACAAAAGUUUCUCAAUACUUUGUUAUAUACCCUUUGUUGGCAAUGACACAGGUCAAACGUUUUCUGUAAGUCUUCACAAGGUUUUCACACACUGUUGCUGGUAUUUUGGCCCAUUCCUCCAUGCAGAUCUCCUCUAGAGCAGUGAUGUUUUGGGGCUGUCGCUGGGCAACACGGACUUUCAACUCCCUCCAAAGAUUUUCUAUGGGGUUGAGAUCUGGAGACUGGCUAGGCCACUCCAGGACCUUGAAAUGCUUCUUACGAAGCCACUCCUUCGUUGCCCGGGCGGUGUGUUUGGGAUCAUUGUCAUGCUGAAAGACCCAGCCACGUUUCAUCUUCAAUGCCCUUGCUGAUGGAAGGAGGUUUUCACUCAAAAUCUCACGAUACAUGGCCCCAUUCAUUCUUUCCUUUACACGGAUCAGUCGUCCUGGUCCCUUUGCAGAAAAACAGCCCCAAAGCAUGAUGUUUCCACCCCCAUGCUUCACAGUAGGUAUGGUGUUCUUUGGAUGCAACUCAUCAUUCUUUGUCCUCCAAACACGACGAGUUGAGUUUUUACCAAAAAGUUCUAUUUUGGUUUCAUCUGACCAUAUGACAUUCUCCCAAUCAUCUUCUGGAUCAUCCAAAUGCACUCUAGCAAACUUCAGACGGGCCUGGACAUGUACUGGCUUAAGCAGGGGGACACGUCUGGCACUGCAAGAUUUGAGUCCCUGGCGGCGUAGUGUGUUACUGAUGGUAGGCUUUGUUACUUUGGUCCCAGCUCUCUGCAGGUCAUUCACUAGGUCCCCCCGUGUGGUUCUGGGAUUUUUGCUCACUGUUCUUGUGAUCAUUUUGACCCCACGGGGUGAGAUCUUGCGUGGAGCCCCAGAUCGAGGGAGAUUAUCAGUGGUCUUGUAUGUCUUCCAUUUCCUAAUAAUUGCUCCCACAGUUGAUUUCUUCAAACCAAGCUGCUUACCUAUUGCAGAUUCAGUCUUCCCAGCCUGGUGCAGGUCUACAAUUUUGUUUCUGGUGUCCUUUGACAGCUCUUUGGUCUUGGCCAUAGUGGAGUUUGGAGUGUGACUGUUUGAGGUUGUGGACAGGUGUCUUUUAUACUGAUAACAAGUUCAAACAGGUGCCAUUAAUACAGGUAACGAGUGGAGGACAGAGGAGCCUCUUAAAGAAGAAGUUACAGGUCUGUGAGAGCCAGAAAUCUUGCUUGUUUGUAGGUGACCAAAUACUUAUUUUCCACCAUAAUUUGCAAAUAAAUUCAUAAAAAAUCCUACAAUGUGAUUUUCUGGAUUUUUUUUCGAAAUUUGUCUGUCAUAGUUGACGUGUACCUAUGAUGAAAAUUACAGGCCUCUCUCAUCUUUUUAAGUGGGAGAACUUACACAAUUGGUGGCUGACUAAAUACUUUUUUUCCCCACUGUAUAUUAAUUGACAACGCAUUGAUACUGGGCCGGCCAUAUCAAUAUCAUAUUAAUUCAGGGCUGCGCUGAUAGGCUUGUUUUUGUGUGUCGUCUAAGACUUGAUGAGGUUUUCCUCCUGUGCUUUCGGCCCAUAUUGAAUGGUCAAUUGUCUGUCUCACCAAUUAGAGCUCAGGCAUUGAUCCUCGCUGUCAGCCACAGUCAUGAGAUAUGUCAGGCCGGCUUAAGUGCUGAGCCACAAAUAGACAUAUCUACACACGAGUGAUGAUAUCUGCUAUUCAUGCUCCGCCCAGUCAAAACUGUUCGCUGCUCUGGCACCCCAAUGGUGGGACAAGCUCCGUCACGACGCCAGGACAGCGGAGUCACUCACCACCUUCCGGAGACACUUGAAACCCCACCUCUUUAAGGAAUACCUGGGAUAGGAUGAAGUAAUCCUUACCCCACCCCAAAGAAAAAAUUAAUAAUAAUAAUUAAAAAAUUUAAAAAAUUAAAAAUUGAAAAAUAUUGUAAAGUGGUUGUCCCACUGGCUAUCAUAAGGUGAAUGCACCAAUUUGUAAGUCGCUCUGGAUAAGAGCGUCUGCUAAAUGACGAAAAUGUAAAAUGUAGAUAGGACUGUAUCAGUGUUGAAUACAGUAUACCGUGUUACAACAAGGGUGUCACCCAGUUACAUACAGCUAUAUUUGUUACGUUACAGCCUUAUUCUAAAACUGAUUAAAUAAAAAACAUUCUCAGCAAUCUACACACAAUACCCCAUAAUGACAAAGUGAAAACGUUUUUUAGAAAUGUUUGCAAAUGUUUUAACAUUUUAAAACAGAAAUACCUUAUUUACAUAAGUAUUCAGACCUUUUGCUAUGAGACUCGAAAUUGAGCUCAGGUGCAUCCUGUUUCCAUUGAUCAUCCUUGAGAUGUUUCUGCAACUUGAUUGGAGUCUACCUGUGGUAAAUGUAAUUGAUUGAACAUGAUUUGGAAAGGCUGUCCAUAUAAGGUCCCACAGUUGACAGUGCAUGUCAGAGCAAAAACCAAGCCAUGAGGUCGGAAUUGUUCGUAUAGCUCCGAGACAGGAUUGUGUCGAGGCACAAAACAAUUCUGCAGCAUUGAAGGACCCUAAGAACACAGUGGCCCCCAUCAUUCUUAAACGGAAGACGUUUGGAACCACCAAGACUCUUACUAGAGCUGGCCGCCCGGCUAAACUGAGCAAUCGGGGGAGAAGGGCCUUGGUAAGGGAGGUGACCAAGAACCCGAUGGCCACUCUGACAGAGCUCUAGAGUUCCUCUGUGGAGAUGGGAGAACCUUCCAGAAGGACAACCAUCUCUGCAGCACUCCACCAAUCAGGCCUUUAUGGUAGAGUGGCCAGAAGGAAGCCACUCCUCAGUUAAAGGCACAUGACAGCCUGCUUGCAGCUUGCCAAAAGGCACCUAAAGACUCUCAGACCAUGAGAAACAAGAUUCUCUGGUCCGAUGUAACCAAGAUUGAACUCUUUGGCCUGAAUGCCAAGCGUCACAUCUUGAGGAAACCUGGCACCAUCCCUACGGUGAAGCAUGGUGGUGGCAGCAUCAUGCUGUGGGGAUAUUUUUCAGCGGCAGGGACUGGGAGACUAGUCAGGAUCGAGGCAAAGAUGAACGGAGCAAAGUAUAGAGAUCGUUGAUGAAAACCUGCUCAAGAGCACUCAGGACCUCAGACUGGGGCGAAGGUUCACCUUCCAACAGGACAACGACUCUAAGCAUACAGCCAAGACAACGCAGAAGUGGCUUCGGGACAAGUCUCUGAAUGUCCUUGAGUGGCCCAGCCAGAGCCCGGACUUGAACCCGAUCUAACAUCUCUGGAGAGACCUGAAAAUAGCUGUGUAGCAACGCUCCCCAUCCAACCUGACAGAUCUUGAGAGGAUCUGCAGAGAAGAAUGGAAGAAACUCCUCAAAUACAGAUGUGACAAGCUUGUAGCGUCAUACCCAAGAAGAAUCGAUGCUGUAAUUGCUGCCAAAGGUGCUUCAAGAAAGUAAUGAGUAAAGGGUCUGAAUACUUAUGUAAAUGUCAUAUUUCAGUUUUUUAUAUUUAAUAAAUUAGUAAACCUAGAUUGAUGAGGAAAAAAUACAAUUUAAUCAAUUUUAGAAUAAGGCUGUAACGUAACAAAAUGUGGAAAAAGUCAAUGGUCUGAAUACUUUCCGAAGGCACUGUACAUCUAUCUCAGUAUCUGGUAUCUCCUGCUGUUGUGUGUUAUGGUUUGGUAAACAUAGAGUAAGUGUAUUAGUUCUGGGCAACGUGACCGUCCUGUUAAAUGGAACUGUGUCUCCUCCGUGGUGCUCCCCAUGAACCCAUUUGUCUCCCAAACGCCAGAACGCUAGCAGCUCUGUGUUUGGCCUGGCUCGCCUCGGAGGAGAGGGAGUACUAACAGAGAGCCUGUUACAAAGUCCUUUGAAGUUGAGCUGGAGUGUACAGCAGUAUAGAGAAACAGGAUGGAGGCCUGUAGAGGGGCCAGUGUGUGUGUGUGUGUGUGUGUGUGUGUGUGUGUGUGUGUGUGUGUGUGUGUGUGUGUGUGUGUGUGUGUGUGUGUGUGUGUGUGUGAGUGUGUUACGGCCGUGCACAGACCUUGGGGAGGGCAGGUACUCAAAAUAAAAAAUAAAAUAAAUAAAAUAGACUUUCACAAUUCAUAACUACAAAUUCAUAACAUACAAAUUGCCCUGUAGCCAAAAUGUCAACAUUUAUAUGCAACAACACACUCACUCAUCAUACAUUUUAAUACAAGUUAGUGCCAAUAACUACUAGGCCUAUGGAUGACGAAAGAUGAUUGAUAUCGGGAAAAGAGUGGCUAUUAGCUGAUCAGAGCAAAUGUAGUUGAAAUAUUCUAGCUAGCUGUCGAAACAAACUUGUUUUUACUUGAUUUGCGUUUGUUCUGCUGCUGACCUCUGCCCCAUUCUUUGUCCCUAACGGUGAGAGACACAUAUGACAGAUCCAACUCAAAAGUAGCCUCCUACCAGUAUUCAUGUCUUCCUGCACUGCGCAUGGCUCAGAAACUUUAAAAAAUAAAAUACAUACAUUCAUAUUUAGACAUGCAUCUGGAUUUAUAAAAUGUCAAUCAUGUUUACUAUAUUUUAUUUUUGACAUUUCCCAACAUUUUCCUUAAUGACACAUAAAAUAUUACCAUAUGCCCGCAGCCAGUGGCCACAAUCAAGUCAGACGAGUGCGCACUUGGAAUUAAAUUAGCUAGUUUGAUGUGCAAUUCACUACAUUUAAAAUUAAAACUGAAAUGAAAGAGAUUGAAAUUAAUAAAAUUACAAAUUAAAAUCCACUUUUUCAUAGGAGGGCAAAAGGGCAGGUGCUUGGGCAUUGGUUGAGCCCUAUCUGUGCAUGUGUGUGUGUGUGUGUGUGUGUGUGUGUGUGUGUGUGUGUGUGUGUGUGUGUGUGUGUGUGUAUGCCUGUGUGCAUGUCUGUGAGUGCAUGUGUGGACUGUACCACUGAGGGAUACCUGGCUCAUUUUCUGAGGCUAGCCUGUAGCGUGAUUGGUCAAAUUGGCCCGCACCAGGAGGAGUCUGUUAUUCUAUUGCACAAAGGAGCAGAAGAUAAAGGAGCCCAUGUUUGGAGCUGUAUCCAAGCUUCCCUCAGCUUCCCUGUCCACAGGCUUUCAUGUAGUGGGCUCUGCUGGGAUUGAAUGUGUGAAUUGCAGGCCGAGGUGGCCCCACAUGUGGUGGUUAGUGAUGCUAGCCUGGUGGGGGAAUAUGAGAUGGACACUUCAAAAGCAAUUCCCUUCCCAUUUCUCAGUAGAGUGGAGAGGAAUCCUGGUCAUUCACAGGUCAGGGAAUGAGCGCAUGGGAUCUCUCUUCUCUCUCUCUUUUUCUAUCUCUCUCUCAUCACUGUCUUAUUUCACUGUUUUAUUUUCUGGCUAUGAAAGCAAGAUAGUCCUGAUGUGGACUGUAUGCUAAAGCAGUAAAGUGAAAAUGAAUUCACUGUAUCCAAGGACAAGAUCUCUCCCGCACAAUUGGCCCAGUGCCGUCCGGGUUUGGCCGGUGUAUGCCGUCAUUGUAAAUAAGAAUUUGUUCUUAACUGACUUGCCUAGUUAAAUAAAGGUUAAAUAAAAAUACAAAUAAAAAAUAAAUAAAUAAAAAGAUAAGCUUGUCUGAUGCAAAUUAACUUAAAGCUCUGAGGUCGUUUUUGUAAUGUUUCGUGCAGUUAGAGAUACAACAGUUUGAAGUACAUGAUAAUGUAGGGUUUGAGCCAUGUGUCUGUGUGUGCUCGUGUGUGUGUGCGAGACUGCGAGUGUGUGAAUGUGCGUGUAUGUAUGUAUGGGCGUGCGUGCCUGCGUACAAUGUCUCCAUAUUGCCCUUGUGUCGCCAUACCUGUUUUCACCUCUGUGUCCUCUCCAGGUGUGGUGUUCCACUACCGUGCUCCUCAUGACCGCUACGCCCUGUCCUUCCCUGACGCCCAGCAGGUGUGUCUGGAGAACUCAGCUGUCAUCGCCACGCCUGCUCAGCUCCAGGCCACCUUUGCUGACGGGUAUGACAACUGUGACGCUGGCUGGCUCUCUGACCAGAGCGUGAGGUAAGGACAAGACAACCGGGCAUGAAGCACGACUCAGCAAAACACAACACAGCAUGGCAACUGUCUUAUUUCAUGUUUUUAUUUAACCUUUAUUUAUCCAGGCGAGUCAGAACACUUUCUUAUUUACAAUGACGGCCUGUCCUUAUAGGGUUGUUUUAUAGGGCUGUAGAAAUUGCUUAUGUAUAAAUUGUUUACUUACGAUACUUAUCUGCUGCAACAAUGUAAAGCCAUAUCUGACGAAUAAGUAUCUUUAAGAAGAGUGGCAAAGUAUAAGUUUACUUCAAACUAACGAAAAAUGACAGGGCUUUGAUAGGCGAUUAGAUACCUUUUAUGUUGACAUUUCUCUUUGGCCUCUGAAAGUACAGUAUGCAAACUGUUUUGACCCCAAUGGUCCUCUCAUAAACUCCUGAAGGAUUUAAUUGCUUGUUUACAUCUCAGAGGCUAGCUGUGUCAUUCCUCAUUACUCUCUGCCAUUUUAGCCACAACUAUCCCUCAACUACCUUUCAUGUUGAUGUUUGUGUUUCAGCUUGCCACCUCCCAUUAUGUCUGUUGAUGACGGAUAGUCAGUGUGUGUGUGUGUGUUUGUUUGUGUGUGUGUGUAGGACAGUCAGAGUCCGUGUGGAUAUUUUUACACAUCUUUAUCUCAAACGUCUGCCCAAUAAUUGCACUGAAGAAGCAGCUUGCAUAUUUAUCCUGGACAGAAUUUCCCUGAGAACUGCAUCCUAUCCAUUCCCCUCCUCCCCACCUGGGACACAUAUAAUUGGUCUAUCUCCAGAGCUACUUGGCUUCACAUCAAUGAGGAGGCAAACGUGCAAUUAAUAAUGUAAAAAUAGAGACAUCAGCGAUCAGGAUGGAAAGCUGAGAUGGGGGAUUUAGCUAUAACAUUCUCUGACGACAAGGGUUGCUAUCCGAGCUCAUGCAGGAUUGUAACUACUGAGAGUGUAAGAAGCAUUCCAUCCUGUUGCCCUUCAUAAGCCCCUUUAUAACUGUAUUCAUGAUCUCUUAAUCAGCAUUUAGCCUGCACCCUCAAUGCUGUUUGAAUCAAUGUACCUUAGAGCAAUGGUCACCAACCGAUCGAUUGCGAUCAACUGGUCGAUCUCCAAGGCAUUCCAAUGAUAAGCUUUGCGUUCCUAUUUUUUUUUAUUCGGCUCACGCUGUUGGCGGUAGGUGCACCCGAUUCAGCUGCCCUGCUUGCUGGCUGCUCUUCCCAUUUUGAACCAUUUCAGAUGUCCGAAGGUACAAACUGCCUUCCCGGCGGGCCCUGGGGAAGCAAAUCAAGUGCACUAUAAGCCUACCACUGGCCAAUCGGAUGGCUCAGAUUACCGUGUCUGCGGUUAUGUAGCAGACGUAAAAGAAAGCUACAGAAAAGUUGAUACUGUUAGAUUUAAAAACUUUUAAAACCAUGACUAGAGAGAGACUGUCAACGAAUACAGCAAAGAGCUGCUGUUUUUAUGAGUGAGUUCAUGUUUAAGUUUUUACUCAGCACUGUUAACACUUUCUAUUUACACUUUUAGAAGCCAUAAAAUGCCUGUUCUCCUUACUUCCACUCGCACUACAACCAGCACUGCAGCUGCAAUGAAUGAGUAGGAAAGUGUAUCGAUAGGCUUGCGUUGUUGUUAUUAUUAGCGGCUUGGGUAAUUUUCUACAUCAAGGAAUAUUUGACUUUCUCUGGUCAUAGGAGUAACAGCAUUAAUUUGUGCAUGAUGCAGAAAUAAUGCAGUGCGACUCGAGUUUCGCCGUCAGCUGCAAGAUGGUGUCCCUUUUUGGUCAGUGUCAGUGGAGGAAAGGGAGAGCGGAGGGAUGUUGAGAGGGGGACCCUCAGUCUGCUGCUCUCUCCCUCCACAGUAAAAAAAAAUAGCAAAUGUGACCGACCGCCUCGAUUCGGUCUUAUGUAGCAAAAUUUGAAAUUGUGUUUUUUUACAUUGUAUAAAAGUAGAGACUAAGAGCUUGAAAAUGGUAUAUCAUACACUGCAGUUGAGGAACAAUGGGAAAGUAAUUCUGCUUUGAAAGUUGAUAAACUUGUAACCCCACUUUUAAGAAAAUGGCCCUUGAAUGUUUUGGUACACCUACUGGAGAGCUCUUCUUUGUCUACACCCAUUAAGCAUCAUUCACACCCUCUUAAGCCCCACCUAGGGCUGUGCCGGUCACGAAAUUUAGUCAGCCGGUGAUUGUCAAGCAAAUAACUGCCAGUCUCACGGUAAUUGACCGUUAAUUAACAUAAACACAUUUAGCAUCUCCUGGCUUCCAAACAAAGCCUACAAGCCACUGAUGCAGACCUUUGAAACAUCUACAUUUAAAAAAGUAUAAUAAAUACAUGUAAUAGAGCCUACACCUUCACAAUAAAUCCAUUAUUUAUUUUAGACAGGGCUAAAGAAACAUGAUAUGAAGAAAAUGUAGUCUAUUUCAGAAGAACAGAAUAGCAUACUCUGAGUUGUCCUUAUGUUAGGCCCUGAUCUGGCUAUGCCAUAUGGCUGUGGGCUACACAAGUUCAUUUAGCAGACAAGAUUUGCUUAGCAUUAUUUCAUAUUAUUUUAUAGUAUGGAGAAUACAAUUGAACAAAACUGAAUAAAAUAGAAAGGAUAUUUUCUCCAAACGAUUUGAGGGAGUGCGCACAUAAUAAUAAUAUGCCAUUUAGCAGACGCUUUUAUCCAAAGCGACUUACAGUCAUGUGUGCAUACAUUUUUACGUAUGGGUGGUCCCGGGGAUCGAACCCACUACCCUGGCGUUACAAGCGCCAUGCUCUACCAAUUGAGCUACAGAGGACCACCCAUAUCUAACAAAGAAAUAGAUACUCCUUUAUGCUUAAUUUAGAGUUAUUCGUGUAACUUUAGUUGUUCUACAAACGUUGGGCUAUUUGUUUUGAUUUUUAAUACAUUGUAAGGCUGCAUGAUGCGACUCUAAUGAUGAUUUGAAAAAAGUUGCUUGAAAGGCAUGAGCUCUGCUUUGUUUUUUGCGCAGGCUGUACACACUUUAUCAGUCUCUCAUUCACAAUCAGAGCUGGGAGAAGCCUAAUUACCGUGACUAAACGGUCACGUGGAAUUUGACUGUCUUCAUGACUCGUGACCGCCGCUGUGGCGGUAAUAUGGUCACCGUAACAAGACCCCACCCAUCUCUUUAAGGCCAUGUGGUAAACACACGCAAUAUCAAAUAAAAUCAGACUUUAUUUGUCACAUGCACAGGAUACAGAAGGUGUAAACGGUACACUGAAAUGGUUACUUGCAUAGUAGCAAUAUCAAAAACAGAAAGUGCCCAGAUAAAAAUAUUGUAUAAAUAUUUUAUAAUUAUUAGAUGACACUUACCCGACACACUAAAGCUAACAAACUAGGUUCAAUGUUAGCUAGCUAACAUUAGGCUAUAACUAGCAAUGCAAAUGGUUUCUGAUUUCUGACACAGAUCAUACACGUAUUGUUAGCUAGCGAGCCAGCAAGCUAACGUUCGCUAGCUAACAAACAGUACGCUUUAACUUAAAUAAAAACAACUUUCUGACAAAAUUAGAAAUGUAUAUCUGAAAAUCUAACUAGACUCUUACCCGUAUACAUGGAUGAACGUUUCACGGCAGACUGGAACCAUUUAACUCAGUUUUGUUUGUAGCUACAUCUUGUUUGGCCAGCGUUGUGUCAAGUCACUCUGGUUCACACUGACCGUGGCGUGUGCAGAAAGUAGCCCAUCACUUUUUCCAACUGAUCUGUCGAUAGCGUCUGCUAAAUUCAGGGCAUCAAUGUUGGUGAGAAAAGUAGCAAAACUUUUGUAGUUCUCGAUGGCUAAUGUUAUAUCUUUCAAAAACGGCGCGGUAGAAAGGACUAUCAACACAUAUUGAACAGCUCACGUUACAGACAGAAGCAUGCUACAUGGCAGACCAAUCCAAGCUCAUCUCCCGGCAUGUCCAGCCCAUCUAUUAUCUCAGCCAAAUAUGGCUAGUGGGAAGGUUCCUGUCUUUUUCCAUGGCUAAACCAACUAGGCUCGUAAUUUAACCAUUUUAUUUGUAUUUAUGGAUGGAAUACAAGUUUGUUAUUAAGGCACAUGAAAGUUCACAUAUUCCAGAAAGCAUUUCUGCCAAAAAAAACGCAUUUUGAUAAAAAAUGUAUGUUUACAUUCAAAUGCCUCUCCUGUGAAGUAGUGACUUGCGACAUACGUCUAGUUUCCUGAAACAAGUCACAAAUUAUUAAAAUGUAUGCUCACUCAGCUGUGCCUCACAAGUAAUACAACAACUGAUCUAUUACCGGUGUGAUUAUAUAUAUAUAUAUAUAUAUAUAUAUAUAUAUAUAUUUUUUUUUUUUUUUUUUUUUUUUUUUUUAUGGUCUGAGAAGAACAACAGGAAGAACAACAAGAAUAACAAUUCAAGAAAAACCAAUAUGUGGUGAUAAUGUUUUGGGCCUAUAGCCUACUGCACUAACCUCAUUAUUACAGUACUGUUUUGUGCAUAGGCUUAUGUUUUUUAAGUCAUGUAGAAAAGUUUUUUUAAGGUAGAUCUCGGCUUGCAUUUUGACUCAGAAUGUGAUCUCGACUCAAAAAAGGUUAGUGACCACUGCUUUAGAGUAAUUGCACAGUUGGAACCCGGAUAUAAAUCAAAUAAAUGAUUUGUCUCCCCUGGUCCCUCUCCCCUCCCUCUCUCGCUCUCCACAGGUACCCUAUCCAGUCACCCAGGCCGGGUUGCUAUGGCGACAGGGAGGAUUCACCUGGAGUGCGCAACUACGGCAAUCGGGCCCCUGACGAGCUGUUUGAUGUCUACUGUUUUGCCAAGCAACUGCAAGGUACAGUAGGAGGGAGGCGUCAAUCAGAUUUUAGUCAUGCAGGAGCUACGAUGCUGGAUCAGCCUGACUUAGGCUUAAUGCUCCUGUUAGGCAGAGAAAGAUAUCCACGUCCCAGGCAACCUGCUGUCCUACUGUUUCAACUUUAAAUGGGUCACUAUCAUUUAAGCCAGUGGUUUCCAACCUUUUUUGGUUACUGUACCACCAACUGAAUUUAGCUCUGCCCGGAGUACCUCUGAAGUACCCUCAUGUGCAUUUUACCAGUAGGCCUAUGGCCUCAUGAGUCUUCUCAAGUACCCCCUGUGGAUAGGCCAAGUACACCCAGGGGUCCAAGUACCCCUGGUUGGGAACCACUUAUUUAAGCUGUAGCUGGGUGGUGAGUUAUACUGCCGUGGCCAGGAUCAGGGAAGCUGCUACAGGAGGAUGGAGUCAUAUUCACACCAGGUGCCUUUAAAAUACAUCUGGGUAAUUUGUUACUGUGCAGAGCCAGACCUGUCAGUUAAUAGUUCUACAGGAAGUAGAUGAGGUAAUUUUAUGAGAAGUGUAAUUCUUGACACCCCAGUAAUUUGCAAGGUGUCAAGAAUUACACUAUCUAGCUGGAUAGGAUGGAUGUUCAUUGUUGGGUUCUAUGGUUCUGUGUAUUCUUCUGUGAAAUGACUCUGCACGACUCAUGGGUCAUUGCUUCGCUGACCUCCUGUUCAAUCUUGUCUGUUGACACUUCUUAUAUUACAUUUCACACCACUCUAUCCAUCUCCUACUUCAUUCUCAUCAUAUCCCCCUAUCCUCCCCCGUUACUCCAUACCACUUCACCUCCCAUACCUAUCUCUCCUUCCCCUCACACUAUACACUCAUUAUACCACCGAUCUCUCCAUCUCCAUCCCCCUCUCCCAGGUGAGGUGUUCCACUCAUCUGUACCAGAGAAGCUGAGCCUGGCCACAGCCUCUACCCACUGCCACUCUCUGGGAGCCCAGCUGGCCACGGCAGGGCAGCUCUACCAAGCCUGGCAGACUGGCUUGGACCAGUGUGAUCCGGGCUGGCUGGCCGAUGGCAGCGUGCGCUACCCCAUAAACCUUCCCCGACGCAACUGUGGCGGGGAUGAUCCGGGGGUGCGCACUGUCUACCACAACCCCAACCGCACCGGUUUCCCAGACACCACCACCCGCUUCGACGCAUACUGCUACCGAGGUAACGGCCGGGGUCGCCAUCGCCAUGGCAACCUUACUGUUUAAUUUCCGUUAAUUAGUGCAGGUUGUUUGUCUCAUGCAUGAAUUAAUGAAUUAUCACAGAGGGGAUUCGGUGACAUUUUGGUCUUCUACUGUAGCAACCAGCUAUAGCCCAAUAUCAGCAUUUCCAAGCUCUCAAUACAGACUUAGAGAGACCCAACAUAGUUAUGUACACUGGCUGCAGCCUCAAUGUCCUUGCAGUGUCAUUCUAAAGUGUUUAUAAUGUUUUUGGACCGCUGGAGAUUUGUCUAACUUAGUUUCAAGUUCACUUUGGAAUGACUGUAGGCUCCAGUGUGCUGUGUGCUUCGGAUUUGAUUGUGUUUGUGCAGAGUGUGAUCUGCAUUAGACUGCAUUAGCUCCUCAGAGUGUCAUGAAGAAUGAUUGACAGGCACUAAAUUGAUACAGACGUAAUUAAGUCUUAUCUUAGACUUUGCCCUUAAGUAAAGUCACCCAAGGAGAGUGUAAAAACAUCUCUUAAUAUAAUAUGUAUGCUUUCUUAAUUAAAGCAAAACCAAAAACAGAGGUCAUCAACAUCUAAGAAUGUGGAUGAUUCACAGCUUAUUGAAAAAAUGGCAGCUUAUUGUAAAUAUUAAUAUUUAAAAGCCAUGCCUUAUUGCCAGGAAAGCAAAUAGGAAUGCUAAUAGUCUUCAUAUAAUUCCAGAACGUGAAGCAGGAUUCCAGGCAGCCCAGCCAAUGGGGUUCCUCCAAUACAGAGACCCAGAGGCCAACUCCUCAGACACUGAGCCCCAGCGCUCUGUCCCCUACCCCCAGCCCUCCACCUGGACUGGCACAGUGGACCUGGACAAGGAGGGCAUCAGCUCCAUCGCUGGAGGCAACGAGUCCUCCGAGAUCUCUGAGGAGCACGUGGUGAUCCACCUCCGGCCAGGGGAGAGUACCCAGGGCUGGGGAGAGGAGAACCAGGAGACCAAGGGCCGAUCCAAGACUGGAGCCCCUCAGGACCCAUCCUCCAGCCCCAAGACCAGCACCUUGGGUCUGUCUGUCCUGGAGAGUCUGGAGACCCACGGAGGUUCUGCACAGGAGGAGGUGGAGGGUGAGGGUGAGGGGGACGAGGAGUGGCGUUUCAUGUCGUCCAACUCCCCUCUGUCCUCCCAGGCCUCUCCAACGCUCCAGGCCCAGACAGCCAAUAGCGUUCUCCACAGCUUCGUCAACAACCUGAUGAAGCCCUUCAGGUAUUGGACAGGCUCUGUGGAGGACGGCACGGAGGCCCCUCUCCCAGCCACACCUGCCUCACUGCCCGAGGGUAGAGGAGUAGAGGAGGACCAGACAACCCCGGGGUCGGCUAUGGUCACACCCACCAAAGGGAAGCCUAAGCUGGGCAGCAAAGGAAGCACAGACAACACUAUCAUAGAGCAUCGGAGCGGAGGCUCCUUGUUCAAGACAUCCACCAAUGGGCUCACCAGCACUGAGGAGGGUCUGUCUGAGCAGGAUAGAGAGGUGGUCACUUUAGUCCCAUUGGGCCCUGUGAUCCAGUACACACUCACCCAGCCUGGGAGGAAAGGUCCAAGCACGUUCCUAACCAACCCUCAAGGAUCAUCGUCUAAUGGUAAGACCCACUGGCUGAGUCACAAUCCAUCCAUCAGAGAGGCUAUGUGGGUUGGCUGAGUACAUUGUGUCUUCUUUUAGUGUAGUUCAUUACCUUUUCUCUCUAAAAGUUGUUUUCUUUUUGCGUUCCUAUUUGCUCCACCUCAGUGUUUCUUCCAAAUCAAUGGCUUGUGUUAAAUUGAAAAUGCGCUGUUUACGAAGGUAGUAAAUUGAAAAGGUUGGUUUCUGUGGAUGCCAGCUCAGGUCCUUUAUUGCUUCCGCGGUAAAUAAAGUGAAGGUUUGUUUCAGACUAUUAAACACUGUCUCUGGACAAUAUUUAUGGGAGAAACAUUCAGCCACUCUAUGGAGGGCAAUGGACGUAGAGUAGAAGAAAAUAAACAUUACAUUUGGCAUUACAGCCUUCCUCUGGUAUCUCUGUGUCGCAAAUGGUAUAAUUUCCACAGUAUCAGAACACCACUCAUCACUUUCCUUCUUUGGUUUUCCUAAGGAGAAAUUAUGUUAAAUGUAUAUGCACUUUGGGUGUCUAUUCAAAUCAAAUCAAAUACAUUUGUAUUUGUCACAUAUGCUUACUUACGAGUCCUUCCCAACGAUGCAGAGUUAAAAAAUAAGAAAAAUAAAAAUAGUAACACAAGGAAUAAAAUACACAAGAAUGAAGCUAUAAACAGGGAGUACCAGUACCAAAUCAAAAUCAAUUCAAAUCAAUGUUAUUUGUCACAUGCUUCAUAAACAACAGUUGUAGACUAACAGUGAAAUGCUUACUUUGCCAACAAAGAGUUAAAGAUAAAGAAUAUAAAUAAAAAAUAUAAAUAGUGACAAGAGGAAUAAAUACACAGUGGAUAACGAAUAACAAUAAUGAGUAAAAAUAACAUGGCUAUAUAGAGUGAGUACCAGUACUGAGUCGAUGUGCAGGGGUAAGAAGUAUUUGAGGUAGAUAUGUACAUAAAGGCAGGGUAAAGAGACUAGGCAUCAGGAUAGAAAAUAAUACGAGUAAAAUAAAGAACAGAGUAGCAUCAGCAUAUGAAGAGUGUGAAAGUCUGUGUACGUGUGUGUGUGUGUGUGUGUGUAUGUGUGUGUGUGUUAUGUAUGUGUAGGUGUGUAUACGUGUGGGUUUGUGUGAGAGUGUCAGUGUAGUGUGUGUAAGUGAAUGUAUAUAUAGUCUUGUGAGUGUGCAUAGAGUCAGUGCAAGAUACACACUUAGAAAAAUGGUUCCAAAAGGGUUUUUCAGUUGUCCCCAUAGGAGAACCCUUUUGGUUCCAGGUAGAACUCUUUUGGAUUCCAUGUAGAACCCUCUGUGGGAAGGAUUCUACAUGGAACUCAAAAGGGUUCUACCUGGAACCAAAAAGGGUUCUUUAAAGGGUUCUCCUAUGGGGACAACCGAAGAACCCUUUUAGGUUCUAGAUACACUACAUGACCAAAAGUAUGUGGACACCUGCUUGUCGAACAUUUCAUUCCAUGGACAUUAAUAUGGAGUUGGUCCCCCCUUCGCGGCUAUAACAGCCUCCACUAAUCUGGGAAGGCUUUCCACUAGAUGUUGGAACAUUGCUGCAGGGACUUGUUUCCAUUCAGCCACAAUCAAGUUCUUCCACACCAAUCUCGACAAACCAUUUCUGUAUGGACUUCGCUUUGUGCACGGGGGCAUUGUCAUGCUGAAACAGGAAAGGGCCUUCCCCAAACGGUUGCCACAAAGUUGGAAGCACAGAAUCAUCUAGAAUGUUAUUGUAUGCUGUAGUGUUAAGAUUUCCCUUCACUGGAACUAAGGGGCCUAGCCCGAACUAUGAAAAACAGCCCCAGACCAUUUUUCCUCCUCCACCAAACUUUACAGUAAGCACUAUGCAUUGGGGCAGGUAUCAUUCUCCUGGUAUCUGCCAAACCCAGAUUAGUCCAUCAGACUGCCAGAUGGUGACGCGUGAUUCAUCACUCCAGAGAAUGCGUUUCCACUGCUCCAGAGUCCAUUCUCGGCGAGCUUUACACCACUCCAGCCGACGCUUGACAUUGUGCAUGGUUAUCUUAGGCUAGUGUGCGGCUGCUCAGCCAUGUAAACCUAUUUCCUGAAGCUCCCGACGAACAGUUAUCGUGCUGACAUUGCUUCCAGAGGCAGUUUGGAACUUGGUAGUGAGUGUUGCAACCGAGGACAGACUGUUUUAAUGCGCUACGUGCUUCAGCACUCGGCGGUCCCAUUCUGUGAGCUUGUUUGGACUACCACUUCGCGGCUGAGCCGUUGUUGCUCCUAGACGUUUCCAUUUCACAAUAACAGCACUUACAGUUUACUGGGGAAGCUAUAGCAGGGCAGAAAUGUCAAGAACUGACCUGUUGGAAAGGUGGCAUCCUAUGAUGGUGCCACGUUGAAAGUCACUGAGCUCUUCAGUAAGGCCAUUCUACUGCCAAUGUUUGUCUAUGGAGAUUGCAUGGCUGUGUUCUCGGUGUUAUACACCUGUCAGCAACCGGUGUGGCUGAAAUAAACAAAUCCACUAAUUUGUCCACAUAUGUUUGUAUUGCAUUCAGAAAGUAUUCAGACCCUUUCCCUUUAUCCAUAUUUUGUUACAUUACAUCCUUAUUCUAAAAUGUUUUAAAUAAUUUUAAUUCUAAAAUGUAUUAAAUAAUUUUUCAAUACCCCAUAAUGACAAAGCGAAAACCUUUUAAAAAAAUGUUUUUAUUGCAAUAUUUUUUUGUUUUUUUGAAAUACCUUAUUUACAUAAGUAUUCAGAACCUUUGCUAUGAGACUCGAAAUUGAGCUCAGGUACAUCCUGUUUCCAAUGAUCAUCCUUGAGAUGUUUCUACAACCUGUGGUAAAUGUAAUUGUUUGGCCAUGAUUUGGAAAGGCACACACCUGUCUAUAUAAGGUACCACAGUUGACAACGCAUGUCAGAGCAAAAACCAAGCAAUAAGGUCGAAGGAAUUGUCCGUAGAGCUCUGAGACAGGAUUGUGUCGAGGCACAGAUCUGGGGAAGGGUACCAAAACAUUUCUGCAGCAUUGAAGGUCCCCAAGAACACAGUAGCCUCCAUCAUUCUUAAAUGGAAGAAGUUUGGAACCACCAAGACUCUUCCUAGAGCUGGCCACCCGGCCAAACUGAGCAAUCGGGGGAGAAGGGCCUUGGUCAGGGAGGUGACCAAAACCCGAUGGUCACUCUAACAGAGCUCCAGAGUUCAUCUCUGCAGCAUUCCACCAACCAGGCCUUUAUGGUAGAGUGACCAGAUAGAAACCACUUCUCAGUAAAAGGCACAUGACAGCCUGCUUGGAGUUUGCCAAAAGGCACCUAAAGGACUCUCAGACCAGAGAAACAAGAUUAUCUGGUCUGAUGAAUCCAAGAUUGAACUCUUUGGCCGGACUGACAAGCGUCACGUCUGGAGGAAACCUGGCACCAUCCCUACAGUGAAGCGGCAGGGACUGGGAGAACAAAGUACAGAGAUCCUUGAUGAAAACCUGCUCAAGAGCGCUCAGGACCUCAGACUGGGGCAAAGGUUCACCUUCCAACAGGACAACGACCCUAAGCACACAGCCAAGACAACGCAGGAGUGGCUUCAGGACAAGUCUCUGAAUGUCGAGUGGCCCAGCCAGAGCCCGGACUUGAACCCGAUCGCACAUCUCUGGAGAGACCUGAAAAUAGCUGUGCAGCAACGCUCCCCAUCCAACCUGACAGAGCCUGAGAGGAUCUGCAGAGAAGAAUGGGAGAAAUUCCCCAAAUAUAGGUGUGCCAAGCGUGUAGCGUCAUAUCCAAGAAGACUCGAGGCUGUAAUCGCUGUCAAAGGUGCUUCAACAAAGUACUGAGUAAAGGUUCUGAAUACUCAUGUAAAUGUGAUAUUUCAGUUUUUUUUGUUGUUGAAAUUAGCAAACAUUUCUAAAAACCUGUUUUUGCUUUGUCAUUAUGGGUUAUUGUGUGUAGAUUGAGGGGGGGAAAAAACAAUUUAAUCUAUUUUAGAAUAAGGCUGUAAGGUAAGAAAAUGCGGAAAAAGUCAAUACUGAAUACUUUCCCGAAUGCACUGCAUAGUGUAGCACCUUUUUUUCUAAGAGUGUGUAUAUUGUCAAUGCAGAUAGUCUGGGUAACCAUUUGAUUGGUUAUUUAGCAGCUUUAUGGCUUGGGGGUAGAAGCUGUCUUGGGGGUAGAAGCUGUCUCAGAGCCUGUUGGUCCGAGAACCGAUGCUCCAGUGCCGUUUGCCGGGCGGUAGCAGAGUGAACAGUCUAUGGCUUGGGUGGCUGAAGUCUUUGGCAACUUUUCGGGCCUUCUUCUGGAUGGAAGAGAGCUCUGCCCCAGUGAUGUACUGGGCCGUCCGCACCACCCUAUGUAGCACUUUGCGACCGAGGGCGAUGCAGAUGCCAUACCAAGUUGUGAUGCAGCCAGUCAUGAUCCCCGCAAUGGUGCAGCUGUAGAACCUUUUGAGGAUUUCAGGGCCCAUGCCAAAUCUUUUCAGGCUCCUGAGGGGGAAGAAGCUCUGUCUGGCCCUCCACAACUGUGCGGGUGUGUGUGGAUCUUAGUGAUGUGGACGCCAAGGAACUCUCGACCCGCUCCACUACAGCCCCGUCGAUCUGGAUUGGGGCGUGCUCUCCCCUGUAGUCCACAACCAGCUCCUUGGUCUUGCUGAUGCUGAGGGAGAGGUUGAUGUCCUGGCACCACACUGCCAGGUCUCUGACCUCCUCCCUGUAGUAGGCUGUCUCAUCGCAGUUGGUGUUCAGGCCUACCACCAUUGUGUCUUCAGCAAACUUUAUGAUGGUGUUGCAGUCAUGCUUGGCCAUGCAGUCGUGGGUGAACAGGGAUUACAGGCGGGGACUAAGCACACACCCCUGAGGGGCCCCCAGGUUGAGGGUCAGCGUGGCGGAGGUGUUGUUGCCUACCCUCACCACCUGGGGCUGGCCCAUCAGGAAGUCCAGGAUCCAGUUGCAGAGGGAAGUGUUCAGUCCAAAGGUCCUGAGCUUGGUGAUGCGCUUGGAGGGGAUGAUGGUGUUUUAGUCUAUGAACAGCAUUCUGACAUAGUUAUUUCCCCUUUUGUCCAGAUGGGAGAGAACAGUGAGAAAUGCAAUUGAGUUUCCGUUAUCUGUGGAUCUGUCGGGCGGUAUGCAAAUUGGAGUGGGUCCAGGGUGUCUUGAAUGAUGGUGUUGAUGUGUGUUAUGACCAGCCUUUCAAAGCGCUUCAUAAUUACAGAUGUAAAUGCUGACGAUAGUAAUUAUGCCAGCAGCAUACCACCCUGCAUCCCACUGCUGGCGUGCCUCUGAAGCUAAGCAGGAUUGGUCCUGGAUGGGAGACCAGAUGUUGCUGGAAGUAGUGUUUGUGGGCCAGUAGGGGGCACUCUUUCCUUUGGUAAAAAAAAAGAUCCCAAUGCCCUGAAGCAGUAAUUGGGGACAUUGCCCUGUGUAGGGUGCUGUCUUUCGGCUGGGACGUUAAACGGGUGUCCUGACUCUCUCUGAUCACUAAAGAUCCCAUGGCACUUAUGGUAAGAUUAGGGGUGUUGACCCCAGUGUCCAGGCUAAAUUCCUCAUACCAUCAUGGCCACCUAAUCAUCCCUAGCUUCCAAUUGGCUCAUUCCUCUCCCCUGUAACUAUUCCCCAGGUCGUUGCUGUAAAUGAGAAUGUGUUCUCAGUCAACUUACCUGGUAAUAUAAGGGUUAAAUAAAUCAAAGCAAUUUAGGCAGGUUAUCUUGGAUUUCUGGGUAACGGUGGUUGUCAGCUUGAAACAUGUUGGGAUUACACACUGGGAAUGAAGAGAUUGAAAAUGUCUGUGAAGCCCGGUGGUCUUGCGAGUGUUAACCUCUUUAAAAGUGUUACUCACAUUGGCCACGGAGAGCGAUCUGACACGGUCAUCCAAAACAACAGGGUUUUUGGUUUGGAUUCGUUCAUAUGGUCACUGUGGGAACGACAUUAUUUAUGCACUUAUUGAUGAAGCCUGUGACUGAUGUGGUAAACUUCUCAAUGCUACCGGAUGAAUCCUGGAACAUAUCUCAGUCUGUACUAGCAAAACAGUCUUAUAGCCUCACGUCUGCUUCAUCGGACCACUUCCUGUUUGAGCUUUUGUUUGAAAACAGGAAGCACUGGUACUUCCUGUUUGAACUUUUGUUUGUAAACAGGAAACAAGAGGAUAGAGUCGUGGUCUGAGCUCAUCCAUCUUAUUCUCGAGUGAUUGGACAUUUGCCAAUAAGACGGAGGGGAGUGUCGGUCAGUUUUCUCUUCGCCUGUGGUGUUUUGGUAGCUCAUGAAACAAAGGAAUAAGGUCCGGUGUGAACAAGGGAACAGCUGAGUUGGAGUUGAAGUAGGAGUUGAAGUCAAAAGCUAGGUUAGUAACUGUUGAUCUGAUUUCCAAAAGUGCUUGGCGGUCAUAUGUAAUAAUAGUAUGAACUUUCUGUACAAAAAAGUCAAGAUAAAAAAAAGUCACUAAAUAGCAAAGUCGGGUUGGAGCUCGUAAGAUGUCGACCUUCUCCGUCGGCGCCAUCUUUCAUCUUAGGUCCAGAGCCAUCACUAAGCCAGCUUCCAGCAGAAGUGAGAAACGCAGUGCAAAGAGGGAAAUGAAAGCAGAGAGCGAGGCCGGCCAAAGCAAAAACUCAGAAAGCCAGAGUCAGUGCUGCAGCGAUGUGUUUGGCUCAGCGGUGUGAAUAUAUAGAACUAAUUUGAUCUGUGUGUGUGUGCGUUUGUGUGUGUGUGCAUCAGUGACUGUGUGUGAGCAUGCGUGCGUGUGUGUCUCUGUGUAUUAUGUCUACAUGAGUGCGUGUGUAUGUGUGUUCAUGUCUACUUCUGUGUCUGUGGCUCAAGGAUUUUGAGCUAGCAUCCAAACCCCAGGUAAUUCUCCACAGAGCUGAGCUAAGCGUGUGAGUCUUAAAGGUCACCUUAUUGGGCUAUUCUCCGCAUGAAAGUCCUGCGACUUCAAACCACAAUCAAGUCCUGGGAUUCCUCUCCUGUUCGAAGGAGGGACAAUGUUUCAUCUUACGGCCACCACUUACACAGCUAUACACAGCCACCAGAGCUAACUGGAGAAUAGAGAGGAAAAGCUAAAGUCUCGCACAGAGGUGUUUCAAUCGGUUCAAUGACGGAAGGGCUCCUUCUAUGGCCCGGGCUUCAUUAGAUACAAAUACUGUUGCUAUCCUCCCUGAAACCGAAACUCCAAACUCAAGGCAUUAAUGUUUUAUGCUGGGUGAAAAUCUAGCUUUAAUCUGCGUACAUUAUUCUCAGCCUCUUUCCAAUUAAUGCAGGCUGACUAGGUGCUCCUCGCCUUGCUCUCCGCCAUUCACGUCUCCCCCAAUUACGACGGCCCUGGGUGAGCGUAGGCGGUCAUUAUCACCAUGGCGAUGAUGAGCGGAUGGAAAACACGAAGGAUGAAAAAGAAGAGAGGAGGAGAGAGGAGGAUGCAUCAGGAAGGGGCUUUUUUUACAGGAAGUUGUUGAAUUAAUGUUUCCUCUUAAAGUGGCAUCACUCGACAGAUAUAAACUAUGUUAUCGAGUGCCGCAGGCUGUUGCUUGCACUUGGUAAUCUACAUUAUCAAUGCUGCCAUUUUAAUUUUUAUGAUUGGCAGGAAGCUACGGUGGAGAACCGUGAAGAAGCACGUCUCGAGCAAAGUGUCAGGAAAAACAUUGCUUGUGAAUCUUGACACCUCGAUCAAAGAAAGGCAUGUUUCCCCAUUUCCCCACACAGUCUUAGCAAAGCAUCGUGGGAAUAAAUCUUUGUGAUAAAACAUCACGCUCCUACACUGACACUCCAGAUAGACAUGAUUCACACACCACACAAUAACUUUUCCCAGUCGUCUUUAUUAGACGGCAUAUCUUACAACAGUAUAGUGCUGAGAAUGUGUGUGUGUGUGUGUUAGCGCGUGUGAGUGUGUGUGUGUUUGUUAGAUGCCGUAUCUUACAACAAAAGUGCUGAGUCUGCACGAGUACACUGUGUCCUGGGGAAGGCUUCAACUCCUAUCCCAUUAUGAUGUGUAACUGGAGGGUUCGACUCUGCUUGUUUACCCCAGAAAGAGACAGAUAUACAGCUGAUUUACAGCACCGCUGUCACUGAAAACACACAAUGGAGCACAUCAUUGACUUGCCUUGAUUUAGUCAUUUGUGGGCAGUUUAUCACAGUAUGACAACGUUUGUUUUGCAGGAUUUUUAUGUGUUGACCUUAAGCCAAAAAUCACAACAAUAGCAGUGAAAUAUGCCCAUCGAAAUACUAGGCUUAGCAUGAAAUAUUCAUAUUUUUAAUAUCAGCCAUUGGAAUAGAUCAUUAGACUUGAUUAAUUAAUUUAAUCACUCAAUAUCUCAUCACUAUGUGAAGGAAAAGUGGUUAAUUAGCUAUUCACAUUAUUAAUUGGACAAUUACACCAUCUACAGCUCUUAUGUAAAUGAACCCGUGCUCACAUAGCACAUAGGGGGUGAUGGCAACAUGUAGAUCCCUCAAUAAUUUAGUAUUGAUUUAAUAUUUCAUUUGUGGACAUACAGUAUUUGUCUAUGUUUCUCCCCACAGUAAUUAGUGUUGUAUUAUGUAAUACAGCCAGAGGCACUGCUGUGGUUCUUUGCACACCAGAGAGUUAGCUGAGCUUUGCUGUGUUGAGCUACAGUAGGCUUAGAAGCAGUGGGCCGGGGAACUCUAGCAGCCUAAUAUGGUAAUACUAUGAGAAGAUUCACUGCUAAAAACCAACCCACACAUCUAGUCUGAAUUAUUAAUUGUGUAGAUACAGUAUGGUUUAGUACAUUACCUAGAAGCACAGGAGGCUGGUGAGAGAAGGACGGCUCAUAAUAAUGGCUGGGAUGGAGUGAAUUAAAUGGUAUCAAACUCAUGGAAACUACAUGUUUGAUACUAUUCCAUUAAUUCCGUUCCAGCAAUCACAAUGAGCCUGUCCUCCCCAAUUAAGGUACCACCAGCCUGUGCUAGAAGGAGCAUAGCGGUGCACUUAAUCUGAGUAAGCAAUGGUGUAGAUAUGCAGUAGUUUAGUACCGUAAGUCAAUGAUGGAUGGUGUUUUAAAAAAUAGUUUUUAAUGUGUUUACACUUGGUCAGUUUUAGCCCAGGGAUUGGUUGACUGUAGCUUGGUGUGGGGUCUAGGAGAGUUUCUAUGGAAUGAGAAAAGGGACAGAGAAUGGAAAUUGCCUUACAAGAUCCUUUUCCUUUGUGUGUGCUGGGUCUGAUACACAGUGUGGGUCUGCUACUGUGCUUUGUACUGGAAUACAAACAGCUGCACCAUUAUUGGAAUGACGAUGGGAAUACAAAUGAAUAAAUAUUUUAGCAGAUUUAGCAAAAAAUACAUAAAUACAAUUGUUGCCGUAAAUGAGGGUUCGCCUCCAGCAUACAAAUAAAUAACCAGCCUUCCUGCGGAGCAACACAACAACCAAUCACCAUUUAAAGUCUUACUUACACUCCAUUCCUAUUUGCAUAUUAAACCCUGUAAAAUAUGUCUUACAUCUGGGUAUAGAUACAGUAUCAGAAUGGAUAAAUAAAAUAAAAAGGCAUACAUAAUAAAACGAUCGAUUUAAAUUCAUUAAAUACAAUGACUGCUGCACUGGAGGCAGUGUUUUAUGAUUGCUAAUUCAACACGCAUUUAAUUACAAUCAUUAAAACAAUUUCCCUCCCAUGCUAUGUUAAUGAAUGAGUGUUGUCCCUCUGCAGGAUUCACAGCAGUGGGGCCCGAUGGGAGUAGCAAGACCGUGGAGGCUGUGAAUGGAUCUGGAGGCCCCCUCCAGGGCACCAGGGGUGGGUUGGCUUCAUCCCAAGGGUCCCCGGCACCAUCCCCAGGCAGUCAGCUGAAAUGGGCCCUCAAGGCCAUGAAGGGCUCCAAGCUGGAGGACCCGGGACAGGGACAUUUGGCCUAUGUGGGGAAGGAUUCCACCUGGGAGCCUGUGGAGGCCAAAGCGGGGCCCCUAGAGGUCAUGACCCUGUCUACCAACACAGAGAGCUACUCUGGUGAGGGGAGAGAUCAGGAUGAGGACCGCAGCAUCCCUCGAUCCAUCCUGGAGAGAGAGGACAAAGAGACAGAGGCGGAGGGAAGCGGGAGAGCAGGGAACGACUUUCCAGGUGGCUUUGUAUCGAACGGUGACACGAACCCAGCCAGCGGUGCCAACAGAAGUACAAAGCCUUCUCUGUCUGGAUUGAAACCCACCCAGACCCAGAGCCAGAACCAGACUGUGGCGGAACACACCACUAUCUCUAAGUGGCAGCUAGGGGACCAGCCCACCACCUCACCUACUGCUGCCUCUGCUGCUGGCACCAGCCAGGGCCUAGGGGAAACCGCUGAGGAGGCCAGGGGAGAGAUUGUCUAUGUCCGACACACCACUGAGAAACUCCUUCCAACCACCUCCAGUAAGAAAGUUGGCUUCCCCCCUGUGAUCAGAAAGCAGAGCCUGAACACAGCCAGGGUGACUGAGAGACAACGAAGACCAAAUGAAGCCACCACACCUGGGGUCAGCUCCAGACCUGCAGCCCCUAUGGAGCCCCUGACAACCAUCAAAACCUCCACAGCAGACACCCAGAGUACAGACUCCAGUGAUUCUACCAAGGAGCCACCCAUCUCCAUUGCAUGGGUUCCAGUAGAGAGAGAGAAGACAGCUAGUACCACAUCUUUGACCAGAGAUGGAUCACAAACAUCUGCAGCUUCGACUCAGCUGACCACAGCGGUGUCCGUUCUGAAGGGCAGGGACCAUGAGGCAGAGUCCAGGUUAGCCGUUUCAGAAUCGUUCGUGGUGGGAAAAGGGUGGAAGCCGUUGGGAGGGAUGAUCCCUAAAUCUAAGGAGGACAAAACCCCAUUGACCACAGAGAAGACAGAGAAGACAGAGAAGACCACCUUUGGUGUCGUUGUGCCCAACUGGGGCUUUGGCCUCAACCCUUCAGGUAUCUUCCCUAUUCUCUAUUAUCGUCACCAUUAUUAG